GCAUCACUAUGAACUUCGGCGGAAUGAUGGGCGGCGGCGCGCCCGCGCCCCAGCAGCCGUCGCAGCAGUCGCAGCUCAUGAUGGCCAAGGUGGAGAUGGCCUCCUACGCGGACCUGUUCGAGCGCAUGUCGCGCGUGUGCUUCCAGAAGUGCAAGUUCAAGUACAACGACGGCCAGCUCAACGUGGGCGAGAUGAGCUGCAUCGACCGCUGCGCCGGCAAGUACAUGCAGGCCUACAGCUCGCUGGGCGUCAAGAUGGCGCAGGUGGAGAAGGAGAUCAUGGACCAGGCGGCCGCGGGCGCCGGCGUGCAGCAGUAGAGCACGUAUCCACCCACCCAGUGACCCACCCACCCAGACAGGAGAUAAAGGAGACCAAAACAAUUGUGUGGAGAAAGAUUC